AUGGCUGCAGUUGCUGACAAGUCAGAAUCAGACAAAAAUGACAGUAAAUUUAAUCAGGUGCCUGUUGAUAACAAAUCAGCUGGAAAUGUGAAUUACUCCAACAGAAGGAGAAAAAAUAACUCCAACCAAGGUAGGAGAAGGCUUAAUGGUAAAGCUUUUCGAGCUCAGCGAGAUGAUAGUGUUAGGCAAACAGUAUAUGUUUCUGAUAUUGAUCAGAAUGUUACUGAAGAGCAACUUGCUGGCUUGUUUAGCAAUUGUGGACAAGUUGUUGAUUGCCGAGUUUGUGGUGAUCCACAUUCAGUUCUUCGGUUUGCGUCUGUGGAAUUCGUGGAUGAAGGUGCAAGGGCUGCUCUGAACCUCAAUGGGAUAAUGCUAAGGUUUUAUCCGGUUCGGGUCUUGCCAUCAAAAAACGCGAUCCUCCCUGUGAACCCCACAUUUCUCCCUAGGUCGGAAGAUGAAAGGGAAAUGUGCACCAGGACUGUUUAUUGUACAAAUAUUGACAAGAAGGUUUCCCAAGCUGAAGUGAAGAAUUUCUUUGAAUCAGCCUGUGGUGAGGUCACUCGGUUGAGGCUUUUAGGGGAUAAUGUGCAUUCAACCCGUAUUGCUUUUGUUGAGUUUGCCACGGCUGAAAGUGCCAUAAUAGCUCUGAAUUGUAGCGGGAUGGUGCUAGGAUCCCAGCCCAUCAGGGUAGGUCCUUCGAAAACACCGAUGAGGCCACGAGUUACCCGUCCGACAUUGCUUUAACCGAUCAACCAAGUCGUUUAACUUCCAUGGAAGGAGGAAGAUGAUUUCCCAAUGGAAAGAAACAUCGAAGGAUUCAAAUACUUCCCUUUCUUCUUCUUCGCAAUUGUUUCGACAAUGUUAAUCUCAUCAGGGUUA